ACGAUGAUGUAACGAGUCUGCCUUGCUCCCGACUAUGGAGGGCGUGAAGAAAUGGCUCACGGAGCGAAAUUCAAAGAAGAAUGGAAUGUACGUGCAUUACAGUCCACCUAAAUUGGUCGGCGUGGUAUCUUCAGCUCAAUUACGCCAGUGGGCACGCGGUGGAGCUGACAGCAGGCUGGAACGAGCAGUCCUAGCUGGCCAGGGUCGGAGACUGCUGGCUGAGGCUGAAGGCCUGCCGCUGUCCAGCCACCUCCCGACCCUGGUGGCUAAGUGUGAUUCCCUCCAUGCUGCCGUGGAAAAGGGAUCGCUGCUUGAGCUCCAGGUAUUGAUGGUAAUAAAAAUACUGUUUGAAUAG